AUGAAUAUAUUGAAUGGUGGAUGUUUAUCGCGUUGUCGUCGGGUAACCUUCAGUAUUCCAUAUGUCAGGGAUGCAUUAAAACCGUCUUCUGUGGUUGUAGUUGAUAAUAAACACGAAACAUGGAAGACGAAUACCAAAAUAGUUGAGAGGCUGCAAUCCGCAUCAUGUACCAGUAACUUUCACGCUGUUUUAGUUCAAUGGACACAAAUACGCUUUCAAGGAGAUUGUCCACCCCCGAAAUUUCAUCGUGAUAUAGCAUACCCGAAUUAUGAUGCUUACAGGAAAGAAGAUUAUACUGAUGUCAGAAAAACUACCUGGGGUUCAGGCGACGGCAAACCUGGCAUAACUUACGCUCUUGGAUUUUUUGGGUACCUUCUCGGUGCAUACGCAGCCAAAACGAUUGUGUAUGAUUUAGUGACUUAUAUGUCAGCACCUGCUGAUGUGUUAGCGUUAGCGUCAAUCGAAGUAGAUAUUUCGAAGGUCGCGCCUGGUGGAUGUCUUUCAUACAAAUGGCGGGGAAAACCUUUGUUCAUCAAAAAUCGAACAGAUGCUGAUAUUGAGUUAGAAUCAAAGACUCCCGUAGCAUCAUUACGACAUCCACAAUCUCCUGAAGACCGUUGUGUGAAGCCAGAAUGGCUGGUAGUCAUAGGCAUAUGUACUCAUCUGGGCUGUGUACCUAUACCUAAUUCAGGCGACUGGGGAGGGGGUUUUUAUUGUCCAUGUCAUGGUAGUCAUUAUGAUAAUUUGGGCAGAGCCCGUAAAGGUCCAGCUCCGUUGAAUUUAGAAGUUCCACCUUAUAAAUUUGUUAGUGAUACUUUGAUAAUUGUUGGAUAGCUCUUGAAAUAUAGUAUUUUUAAAUAAGUAUGUUUUAUUAGUCAUUUAAAUAGACAAUAUCUGAUGAGCCUAGUCGGCACCCAGCAUAAUAGACAUGCAUACCGCCGCUCAGGUGCCAGGAGU